UUUAUUUCUCCUCUCUUUAUUGGUAUAUUUAAAUCUCUUUCUUUGUGUGUUUUAUUGUCGAAGAAAUUUGGCGGGAAAGGGAAAAAUAAUGAGCUCGUCGGCGAUAGACGCAGAAGCGCCAGAUCUUGUGUGCCAGCUCGACAAUGUUCAAGGCAUGGUCGAUGCUCUCUCCGCCGUUCGAUGGAAACGACAACAGGAUGCGGUAAUUGAAUUGUCAGAACACGGCAUCGUUUUGAUAGUUGAGGAAUCCGGUUGUCUCCAAGGCAAAGUGUAUCUUAAACGUGAGCUUUUCAUGCAAUAUGAGUAUACCGCGCAAGGGCAUCCCAGGUUUGGGGUGAGCUUGGGACUUUUUGUUGAUUGCUUGAACACAUUUUCGGUUCCUGGCCAUUCAAGCUUGAUUGAGAUUCGAUAUCCGGGGCCUGACAUGGAACUUCUUCUCAAAUCUGUUGAUUCACCGGAUGCUAGCAUCUACGCAGAAAUCAGGACAAAAAUACCCGAUACUAUUUCAUGGGAUUACAAUUUUGAACCGGCAGGAAGCACACCUCUCAGUUUUACUGUCAAGUCUGCAGCACUGAAGGAAGCUAUUGAUGACCUUGAGUGGCCCGGAUCAAGCAUCCAGAUCAAACUGCAACCAGAUCCCCCUUCUGUUACCUUCAAAGGAGAAGGUCAUGGAGACUUGCAGAUAGACUUGAUGUAUUAUGUAAACACUGAUCUUUUGAUAGCAUUUAACUGUGACCAUGAAGUCUCUUACAGGUAUAAAUACAAGUUUCUCCGAGCAACAACCUCAAAUAUACCAAGCAGUGCUAUUAAAGAAAACAGAGGAAGUAAGUUGACUAUUGGGAGAGGUGGGAUGUUAAAAGUCCAGCACCUGGUUUCUGUGGCUAGGUCCUCUGCUCCACACCCACACAUUGAUUCUGCCGGCUAUCAGCAACCCAGUCGGAUUGCUUUCGUUGAGUUCUUUGUGAAGCCUGAAGAAGAUGAAGACACCGUAAAUGAUUGAUGUGAUUUUCUUGCAAGACCUUUUCCUUCAAAUUUGUGACAACUAAUUGCUCUCUUUAAAGUGAUUGUGUUCAUUGCUCCUUCACAGGCUAAUGAGCAUGUAUCACUUGUAUAUUUGUCAUAUGCUGUUUAAAUAGGAUACACAAAACUGACUCAGAUUUACCCGAUAACAAUAAAUGAAUAAAAGAGAACAACUUUAUAAACAAAUAUCA